AUGGCGGAAUUUCACGCCGUUGUUCGUGUUUAUCUGAUGGCGUUGCACAAUUAUAACCAUGAAUACCGGGAUUAAAUUAUAUAUUUCGGUUGUUACGACACUGGAGCUAGCCGGAACAACAUAAUACAGUCUCUAAGUUUUAUUAAUAUUAUACAAAAAGAGUUAAAUCCAGAAAGUAUGAGGAUGGAUCUUACUAAAGGCCUGUGUGCAGUAUGGCACUGAUCCUGUUUGCCUUUGUGGUUCGGGUCAGGGAUGGACUCCCUCUUUCUGCGUCUACUGACUUCCAGCACAACAGGGAGCUCCAGGAGAGGAAGCAGCAGCUGAAAGUCAUUUCAAAGUCCCUGAACUUGCUCCCUGAGAGAGGGACCAUCAAGGGCCAUGAACUCCAUAUCUACUUCCUCUCGUCGGAGGGCGUGGCCUACUUGAUGGUGUGUGCUUGUAGCAUCCCUGCUGCUGUGGCCUUCUGCUUCCUGGAAGACCUCCGCUGGGAGUUCACUGCAAGCUUCGACAACUCAGCGGUCACCCUGGCAACCCGGCCGUACCCAUUCCUAGAGUUUGACAGUGUCAUUCAAAAACUGCAGCAGCACUACAACCAGAGUGGGGGCCCUUCUCUCGGUGUGACCCUGGCUGAGGUGCAGGAGGAGCUGAGGGCCAGCCCUCCCCAGAUCCUCACCAUGGAAGAUGUGCAGCUCAGUAAUGGAGCAGCAAAUGGCCACAUUGAGCAGCCAGCUCCAUCAGGUCAGAAUCAGAGACUGGAGCCAGUCUCAGCACCUGGCAUCCUCUCGCUGGUCCUCAACAUUAUGUGCGCUGCCCUCAAUCUCAUUCGAGGUGUCCAUCUAAUUGAAUACACCUUCCAGGAUGAUUAUGAAGGAAUAUGGAAUGUUGUGGCAUUUCUUUUGGCAUUUGUAUGUUGUGUUUGCCAGUGUCACCUUUACUUAUUCCACUCCUCACUGAAGAAACUCAAGUCCUUCACGCUCCUGACCAUUAUCAUUCUAUGCAACACCUUUCUGUUUGGCCUGAGGAAUGUCUGGCAGCUGGCCUUCCACAUGUCUGUGGCCUGCCUCUCCACGCUGCUCUGCCUCAACCGCAAGCUUCUGGACAGGAGUUCUGACUGCGGAGUGUGAGUUUACACACACGGAGCUUCUUCUGGAGCUGCUUAUGAAUGCCCACGAGGUAAGACACAGGACUGUGUCUUAUCUUGGUUCACCACAUGCUAGUCUCAGUGGAGGGGGAUAUAAUGAAUAGGGUACAGAGUGGACAGUAAUGGCGAGUCACUAAGACAGAAUACAGUGAGAGAGUGUAUUCAGGUCAAUUUUAAACAGGAGUCUACCUGCAUAAACUGACAACACGACAAAUGGAAUGGUGUCUGAAUGUUUGAAAGAAUGCUGGUUACAGCAUCUGAUGUUUUUUUCAUUUUAACUGAAGUGUAGGGCAGUCUAUGUAUUAAUUUGACAGGUAAUCAAAUACUCAGUUUGAAAAAGGCCAAACUGGAUAAAGGAUCUUAAAUAAACAAUAACAAACCAUGUGAAGAUUCCAAAUUAAUUUUUUGGAAAAAGAUAAACAGCCUUAAAAAUAAUACUAUAUGGCAAAAAUGCAUAUGAAUGGUCCAGGUUUCCAUCUGUUUCUUUCUGCAACAGAGACGAAAAUGACAAUUGUAAUUAUACUGAUUAAUCCCUGGUCAUUGAUCAUAUUUUAAUCCAUGAUGUUUUUUAGUAAAUUGAGUAAAAAUGAGUAAUCAUGACAGCCCUUAGUGUCAUACAUUAUUUGAAUAUUUCAUCAUUUCACAGUUAAUGACUACCAUGCACACAUGGGUAGCCUAAUAAAAGCUUUUGAUUUAAAAUGCCUUUUUCACAAAUCAAAAGCAUUUUUAAUGCAUAUUUUGAAUGUAAUGGGGAAAAGAAAUCAACAAGGGACGUAACCUAAUAAGCACACUGCAAGGGGAUCGACUUAGUUGAUCUGAGCCACAAGUCCACUGUUCAAAAGUGUGGAACCACUUCUCAUUUGAUUUUAUUCAGUGAUAACUUUUAUAGUGAAGAUUACUGUAAACUAGAUACCAGAAGGUAUUUUUUAGGAAACAAUAAUAAGCUAAUAAAUGAUAAGUCAUAUUCUGUAAUUAUCUAUUUUCUUGAUGAGUUGAUUUGACCACCACUCAAAUACGAGGCAGUCUGGAUGCUAAUUUUAUCUCUAUUCUGGACACCAACAUUUUUUAACAGCUCCUUACAAAUCAUUUGAAACCUGUCAGGCGUCAAAUACUAGCAUCAUAUUAGAAUCAUGUGUAAGUAACUAAAUUGCACUAUUAACAUGAUUAAAAAUGGUGAUCCCAAACUUUUGAAUGGUGAAUAUAACAGCCAAGGUAAGGUAAUGUAAUAGCUAAAUAUAAGCAUGAGUCCCUUUAAAAGAGAAUUCCACUCGUUUUUCAGAAUUUGUGCAUGGUUCAGUGGUGGGGAUGUAAACACAGUCAUUCAGAGUGGUUUGAUGCAAAAUGGUUAAUUGUAGAGAAACUUACCGACUCACAUUUCUUUACAGUGGUGAUGAUAGGAACCACAUUGCCUACAAUGCAAACGAUGCACGUGAUGGCAUGAUUUGCCUUGCAUAUGUCUCUUCAUCAUUAGGUUUAGGUCAAAAUCAAUUCUCAAAACUAUCGUGAAACAAUGUACAAGCAUCUGGCAGUGUUUUGCCUCAUUCAUUUAUUAAACAUCUGUGAGCCAGAUUUUACAGGCUUUAAAGCCAUAUGGUUCCUAUCACCACCACUGACUCAGUGAGUUUCUCUACAACAGAGCAUUUCACAUCAAACCACUCUGAAUGACUUUACCUAGAAGUUUUGAAAACUUGGUGGAAUUCCACUUUAACUGAAUAAAGAACAGAGAAAGCUCUUACGUUUGCAUGAAUCUCACUGAUAAACAGUUAAGUAGGUAUAAAACUGACUAUUUUUUGCAUAAUUCUAAAGUCAGAUUGUUCAAGAAGCAGCUGAUAGGUUGUAAAUGAUUUAAGUAUACCUCUGAAUAUCAUUCAACAUACAUAUUCCCAGCGACAUGCAAUAUAGGACCUAGUUUACAGAUAGUCCAAAAUAGCUUUUUUUUUUGCACUACUUUAUUGUUUACAAAAAAGUUGCAUUUUUGUAAGUUUGUGUGAGAAUUUGCUUAGAAGCUAAAUUUGUAGCUGACAGUAUUAGAGCUGUUUUUAAUUAGCAACAGUGUCUGGUUUGCAGUCUUAAUUUUUUACCAUUCACUGAAGUUUAAUAACCUUUGAGGAUAUUGUUACCAUUUAUCAGAACAGAUUCUUAUAAACAGCAGCUUAAUAAUGAUCUAAUAGUUUGUAUAAUAUACAUACAAUAAUGUAUAUGUAUAUUACUCGUGUUUAACAAAAAUGGAAAUUGUUGCAUUAAUAAAUCCUAUUUGGAAUAACAGUUUACUUAGUGACAUAAUAGUCAAGAAUAAUUUUGGACUGUUGAAAUCUAACCAACUUGAAAUAUUAGCCACUUGACAAAAGUCACACUGAUUUAUUCAUUAUUUAUUUAGUGACAUAAUAUUGAAGAAUUAAUAGAAAAAAAUUAAGUACCUUAGAAAUGACACAACUUGAAAUAUUAACCAUUUAAUUAUAGUUUUAUAAAAACAUUUCAUAAUAAUUAUGAAUGAAUUGUCUGUGUACUGCUUUAUUAAGAUACACUUUUUAAUCCCACCAACGGGGAAAUUUUACCUCUGCAUUUAACCCAUCCGUGAAGUGAAACACCUCAUGCACACACACUAGGGGGCAGUGAACACACUUACCCGGAGUGGUGGGCAGCCCUGU